AUGAGAGUACUUGAACUCCAUAUUCAAAUUGAAAUCUCCGUGUUAAUCGGGGCGGCGCGAAUGAUUAGGGAUGCCGGAGACAGAGGGUUAAUUGGGCCAGCCCACAGAGUCAACUCCGAUUCGAUUUUAAUCGCGUUAAUCCCCGAGUUCUUGUCUUAUGAGGAUCUGGGCCUGCAGGAGGCUGUGGCCAACAUGAUCAAGACCCGUUUGGAUGGUGGAGACAAGGCCGGCAUACGAGGAUAUAUCUAUAGGCUCAAUGUGUCCAUAGACCGGCAACAACAGUGGGGCCUGCUUGGUGACGCGCUUGAUGCUAACGGUGCCAUAGAGAAAGUUGGUGAGGGAUCGCUGUCCAUAGAUAUCAUCCCCAACAUCUCUACUAUAGCUUACAGUCCGAGGCCCUAUCUCCUCUUUCGAGUUUCUCCAGGAACCGAAACUUCGAGGGACUUCGAGGGGCUGUACAAAAACGAGAUAACCUUAGAUGCUAGAUACUUAACUAUAUCAACGAAUCCAACAUCAAUUCACAAAAAGUAA